AUGAGGAAUGGAUGGAAUGGAGAUGGGAAUAGAGAUGGGAAUGAAUGGGAAUGGAAUGAGAUAGAAUGGAAUGAUGGGAUGGAGAUGGGAUGGGAAUGGGAUGGGAUGGGAUGGGAUGGGGAUGGGAUGGGAUGGGAUGGGAUGGAUGGAUGGGAUGGGAUGGGGAUGGGAUGGGAUGGGAUGGGAUGGGGAUGGGAUGGGAUGGGAUGGGGAUGGGAUGGGAUGGGAUGGGGAUGGGGAUGGGAUGGGAUGGGAUGGGGAUGGGGAUGGGAUGGGAUGGGAUGGGAUGGGAUGGGGAUGGGAUGGGGAUGGGAUGGGAUGGGAUGGGAUGGAUGGGAUGGAUGGAUGGGAUGGGAUGGGAUGGGAUGGGAUGGGAUGGGGAUGGGAUGGGAUGGGAUGGGAUGGGAUGGGGAUGGGAUGGGAUGGGAUGGGAUGGGAUGGGGAUGGGAUGGGGAUGGGAUGGAUGGGGAUGGGAAUGGAUGGGAUGGGAUGGGAUGGGAUUGGGAUGGGGAUGGGAUGGGGAUGGGAUGGGGAGGGGAUGGGGAGGGGAUGGGGAGGGGAUGGGAUGGGGAUGGGAUGGGAUGGGAUGGGAUGGGGAAUGGGGAUGGGAUGGGAUGGGGAUGGGAUGGGAUGAUGGGAUGGGAUGGGGAUGGGGAUGGGGAUGGGAUGGGAUGGGAUGGAUAG